AUGUAUCAUGCUGAGUGGUAUUUGGCUUCACUCAUUAUUAUAUUUCAUGCAUCACAGAAUGAUUCAUAUAAAAUAUUGGUAUAUAAUCCACGUUUUGGUAAAAGUCACACCAAAUUUUUGGGUUCAAUCGCUGAUACAUUGGUUAAUGCCGGGCAUAAUGUAACCGAGUUUGCUCCUGUACUUUUUGAAUUUUCCGAUUCCACUGGUUCUAAAUUGGCUAAAACAGUAAAAAUAGACGCUGAUCCGGAAAUAUCGAAAAUAAUGAACGUAGAAAUUUUUGCUCAAGAUGCAUGGAAACGAAAUCAGCAAUCCAUUUUCUCAUUGAUUUCGGUUAUGAAACGAAUGUCGGAUGCUCUUCUGAAGAAUUGUGAGUUUCAACUAAAGCAGGAAAAAAUAAUGCAAGAAUUGAAAUCUGAAAAGUUUGACUUAGCUAUCUUCGAAUUUAACCAAUGCUUUGCCGGAAUAAUUGAAUUGCUUCGUAUACCGGCUCAUAUUGUCGUUAGUCCUACUGCUCUAUUUGAAUAUGCCAUAGAAUGUUUUGGUAUACCAAAUAUUCCUAGCUAUAUUCCAAGUUUGCUUACACAGUAUACUGAUAAGAUGACAUAUUUACAACGGCUGAAGAAUCUCAUCAUAACAAUUUUAACGACUAAAUUGCUGGAUAAUCAUACAAUAAGAUGUCAAGCCUUGUUUCGACGACUUUACGGCGAUCAAUUUAUCGAUUUGAAAGAAAAGUUAGCUCAAGUGACAUAUGUUCUCACAAAUACUGAUCCACUUUUUCACAUCUCAAGGCCAACUAUUCACAAAAUGUUGGAACUUGGUGGUCUUGCCUUACCAAAACCGCAACCGCUAAGUAAAGAAUGGAUUGCAGUGAUGAAUAAACGGAAAGCGGUAGUGCUUGUAUCAUUCGGCACCGUUACACUGAGUUGUUGGAUGCCUAACGAAACUAAGCAAGCACUUCUAGAUGCAUUCGAUAGUUUUCCCAAUGUGACAUUUAUCUGGAAGUAUGAAAAAGAUGAGCAUUUAAUCGCUGAGGGACGUCCAAACGUGAUUACGUCAAAAUGGCUUCCACAAUCUGAUUUGUUAGCACAUAAAAAUUUGAUAGCAUUUUUGACGCAUGGUGGUAUGAAUAGCAUAACGGAAACUUUGAAUCGUGGAAAACCUAUUGUUGUGGUACCGCUAUUUGGUGAUCAGAUGCAGAAUGCUGUAUUAGUUCAACGAUUAGGUCUUGGUAUCAAAUUAUCCCUUUCGGAACUUGCGAUAAAAGAAAAAAUAAAAAAUGCAAUUUAUAAUAUCAUCUAUGACAAAAGUUAUGCCCAAAAAGUUGAAAGAUUAUCAAAAAUGAUGGCAAAAAAGCCUAAUCAAGCUGAGGAACAACUCAUUAAGCAUGUUGAAUUUGCUGCAGAAUUUGGUCAAAUAGCGAAUUUCGACCCAUACGGCAGAAAAAUGUCAUUUGUAUCUUAUUAUAUGCUUGAUAUUAUCAUUCCUUUUAUAAUACUUAUAUUCUUUAUCAUUACAAUCAUUUGUUACCUUAUCAUUAGACUAUUCAGAAAAUUAUUCCACAAAGCUGUUAUCUGUAAUAAUAAUAAUAGUAUUAUAACAAAGGUGAAAAAAAAUUAA